UCGGAGUCUUCGGUUGCUCACUAGCUUCUCGAUAAUGGACUUUCUCUCUCUCGCUAGCUCCGGUAGUGUUUGGUUUUUCUUGACCGGAUCAGGAUAUUAUCCCAGUGGUUAACCCGUUUGCCCCCUUCUAUUUAGUAGAUUGCUGCUGUUGGUGGAGAAAAUAGUCCUGGAAUGCCGGCUGUCGAUGCUAGACUAGACCCAUUCGCCAUUCUGUGGGCUUCUUGACAUUCGUUUGAUGUGAUUCCAAUUAAAUAUGCUGAUGAGACGGGCUAAGUUGGUCACUAAUAAAAUGUUGACAGUGUUUUCAUAGCUUUGGUCAGCUGCUGUGAUGAACUCAAGUUCGACCUUUAAGGAGUGCUACGGAGGAUACUUCAACACGCUUGAGGCACAAAACACUAUCGAGGAAAGUCACCAGCCAAAUUGUUGUGCCCUGAAUGGCGAAGCUAUGUAAUUAAAACGAAAUAAUUAAACGGUGUGCAAGUGGUUUACAUAGCUGCCGCAUUUUUUCGGCCACAUUGCUUCCGGAAAGGGGAGCUUGUUGUAAUAACCGGCGCGUUGCGGGAGUACGGUUGAAUUGCUGCGUCCAGUGCCCUGGCCAUCACAGCAGGGAAGUACUUUCACCGGUUCCGGAUAUCAACUGAUUUUUUCGUAGGGUCCGAGAUGGGUGCAAAUCGGGUGCUCAGACUAGUCGCACUUUUGCUUCUGGAGUUUGUGGUGACCUGUGUGCAAAAGGAUGUCUCUGGAAUCGAUCCCAAAUUCAGCGCCCCGAUUUCCAACGUGACGGUUCCAGUCGGCAGGGAAGGCGUCAUGACGUGCCGGGUGCAUGAUUUACACAAAUAUAAGGUCGCGUGGCUCCGAGUAGACACUCAAACCAUUCUGACGAUCGAAACCUUAGUCAUCACCAAGAGCGAGCGGAUUUCCGUAACGCACACCGAGCAGCGCAUCUGGCAGCUCAGGAUCAAGGACAUCAAGGAGUCCGACAAGGGUUGGUACAUGUGCCAAAUUAACACCGAUCCCAUGAAGAGCCAAAUGGGAUAUCUCAACGUUGUAGUUCCUCCGGACAUUUUGGACCACCAAUCGAGCCAGGACAUGACCGUGCCGGAAGGAUCGAACGUCUCGCUUACUUGCGCGGCCACCGGAGUUCCUGAUCCGACGAUCGUUUGGAAACGGGCCGGCGAAAAAUCGUUAUCUCAGCUGGAAAACUCAGGCUUUGCCACCCACGAUGGAUCCGUUUUGAAUAUUUUCAACAUCCAGCGACACCACGCGGGGGCCUACCAUUGCAUAGCGUCGAAUGGCGUUUCGCCGACUGUCAGUAAGCGAAUCCUGGUGACCGUCGAUUUCUUGCCAAUCGUUCGAGUUCCCCUGCGUCAGUAUACUGCCGAAAUAGGCCAAAAAGUGGCGCUGGAAUGUUUGGUCGAGGCUCACCCGGAUCCAAUUACCUACUGGGUGCGGGGAAAGGGUGAAAUUAUUCUUCCUGGACUCAGCGAAAUGAAACAGUUUGUCGAUAACGUGUACAAGGUGCAGAUGCACAUCACCGUACAUCUGCAGAAGAAUACAGAUUUUGGGGUGUACAAAUGUGUGGCCAAAAAUGCACUUGGAGUCACCGAGGAAGGAGUUAAAAUUCAUAAAAAAUUAAGUAAAGCACCCAUUUUGGAGGAAACUCCAGCCAUCAUACUGGAGGAAACCCAUACCAACAACAUUCCGAACGCCAUAAGCAAGCAGAACCAGCUGCGGGAUUUGGUUCUGAGGACAUCGAAAACGCCCGCCAACAAAUGUUCUGGAAGCUCCCCAGGAAGUGUAAUGGUAUUCUUCUUAAGCUUAUGGACCGCAGUGAAAACCUAUCGAUGCUGAUUGUUGCUCUUCAGGAUCAAGUUGCAGGAAGAAAAGGAAAAUUCACUUAUACGAAUUAUUAGAAAUAUUACAUGCCCCAAAGGGUCGCAGCAUUCAAUUUAUACGAACUCUGAUAAGUGAUCGUUAACGGACUAAACAGAAAAUUGUUAGACACAAAUAAAAUUGCUAUUCGAAAUGUUUCAAUUA